AUGUCAAGAAGAUAUGAUUCAAGAACAACAAUUUUUUCUCCAGAAGGUAGAUUAUAUCAAGUCGAAUACGCUCAAGAAGCCAUUUCAAUGGCAGGUACAGCAUUAGGAAUAGUUACAAAAGAAGGUAUAGUCCUAGCUUGUGAAAAAAAAAUAACAUCAAAAUUAUUAGAUGAUGAUGGAUCAUCAGAAAAAAUAUAUAUUAUAAAUGAUCAAUUAAUAUGUGCAGUAGCUGGGAUGACAUCUGAUGCAUCAAUUUUAGUAAAUAAUGCAAGAGUACAAUCACAAAAUUAUUUAAAAACUUAUAAUGAAGAAAUUCCAUGUGAAAUUUUAAUUAAAAGAGUUGCAAAUAUAAAACAAGGAUAUACUCAACAUGGAGGAUUACGACCAUUUGGUGUAUCAUUUUUGUACGCGGGUUGGGAUAAUAGAUUUGAAUAUCAAUUAUAUACUUCAAAUCCAUCUGGGAAUUUUUCAGGUUGGAAAGCGACAAGUAUUGGAGCAAAUACUUCACAAGUUCAAACUUUAUUGAAAAAGGAUUAUAAUGAUGAUUUAACUUUGAGAAGUGGUUGUGAAUUGGCAAUUACUAUAUUAUCCAAGACAAUGGAUUUAUCUAAUUUGAACAGUGAUAAAAUUGAAUUUGCAACUAUAAGUUUUGAUACCGAAAAAGAAAAAUUAAUUAAGAAGAUUUGGAAAAGUGAUGAGAUUAAUGAUUUGAUUAAAGAAAGUGGUGUAUUAAGUGAUAAAGCUGCAAAUGAGGAAUAA